AUGGCUACUGAUAGCGCCGACGAUAUUAAUGUCGGCGUUGCCCUUAGUACAGCUCUUCUUCUCCCAGGUGAUCUGGAAAAGAAUGCUGGAAUGAGCUGUUCAGUAUGCCCGCAUGCCCACUCCUUUUCCAUGCAAUCUUUUGAGAACAGGGAGAAGUUAACUGACUUGCAGAAGGAGUAUUCUGCACUCCAGAAGAUCAACAAGGGUCUUCAAGCAAAAAUGAAGAAAUUGGAAGACCAGGCCGAGGCUGCCACUAAAGCCCAAACUUUGGUAGAAGAAAAGGUCGAGGCUGCUGAAGCUAUAAAGAAAGUUUCCAAAGCGCAAAAAAAUGAAGCCGAGGACAAGGCGACCCAAGCCGAGAAGGAACUUCAAGAGGCCUUAGCCACGAAAAAGGCUGAAAUCAAAGAAGCUGAUGAAAAGGCUUAUGCGCAAGGCAUGGCCGACGUCGCUGAGGAGUACAAGCUUCAAGUCAGGCAAGCAUGCAACAGGGGAUUUUCCCUUGGUUGGAUGUCUCUGCUAAAAAGACUUGAUCUCCCUGCUGACUCGCCUUUCCGUAAUGUCGACGCUAUUCCACUGCCAUUUCCUCCAAGUGAAGCCGAAGAAGAAUCUGGGUCUGAGCCUGAGGAUGAAGAUGAUCAUGAAGCUGAGGCCUUGAUGAAGAAACCCAAGGGUGAUGCUGGGGUCAGGUCUCCUUCUCGAAUUGAGCCCAUCCUGGACUUAACCCAGGAUGAGGAGGUUGAGGAGGUACCUAAGGAAGUUGAUAUUGGGACGUUAUCUUCCGACCUCCUUCUGGCUGAAAGGAGUCUUACUAAAACACUUACUGAAAUCGAUGCCGAGCUGGCUGCAGAAAAGGUUGCCGAAGUAGUUCCUCAAGAAUCUGCCGAGGUAGUUUUUCAAGAAUCGGAUGAGGUCCAGACCCAAAUCCUUUCUGAAGCCGAAAAAUCUUAA